AUGAAUGGCACAAAGUUGGCAGGACUGCUUAUUGAUGAAGGAACAAAAGUUCUGAGAAAAUUCCUGGAGUCCACGCAUCCAGGGUCAACAUUACAGGACGCAUUGGACAACAAUCGCCCAAAGCUCGAGGGUCUGAGGUGGAAGCAAUUUUUAUUUGAUGAGCAAUGGGAGAAAUUGUUUCCUUCCUUAGGUAAACCAGAUCCGCAAAAAUUCGACAUCACGCUCUUACACCUAUUGCUACAUGAAAUUUGUCAUCUAUCGGCUCCUCCGACUGGAUGGCACAAAAUGCCUGCGGACGCUGAUGCGAGCCCUGAAGCCAGCAUCGUGCGUAUCAAAUGCUAUGGAAAUGAGCUUUGUCACAGUGUUUCUACUGGAGUUCCGAAUGACGAAUUCGAAGACAAAUGGGACAAAAUAUCUUCGUCCUUAGAAGUACUUAAGGUUGCCGUCUAUCGGAAGAAACUUCAAUCCCUGAAGAGUGCUCCAAUCGAUCACAAAGCUCAUUUGGUUGAAGAGGAACUAGAUGCACGGAGGAGGGAGAAAGAACUUGAGAAGAGUGGAAAGGUCUCUGAACUCUCCAGUUGUCUUCCUGAUGACUUGCCAGGAGAACAUGAUAUUAUCGGCCGUGGUGAUCAAAUACAAGACAUCAAAGAAAAAGUUGAAAGUGGAACGGUUCCUGUAAUUCUGAUCACUGGUGGACCGGGAUUUGGAAAGACGACCGUUGCCAAGCGAGUGGCUUGUGAAUUAGAUAGGCUAAAAGAUCGAACUGUUUUCUUUUGUAGUUUAUUAUCAAAGAAAACGUUCCACGAUGUGACCAUGGAAAUGUUUAAUUCAUGUAGUAAAGUGGUCAACACGCAAGUGCCGGAGAAUCCGGGGCAGUGGCUUAAAGACUGGAGCAAACAGAUCCAUGACCAGGUCACUUUUGUUCUUGACAAUGCAGAUGGUGUUCUCGAGUCUGACCAUCGUGAACCAUUUCUUGAAACCUUACGUGAUGUGAGAAAGUUAUCGCGACGAAAUGUCACAUUUGUAAUCACUGCGAGAACAACAUUUGAAAAUCCCGACUUGCCGUUAAAAGAGGUUAGGCUACCCCCGUUGUCGACUGAACAAGCCAAAAAUCUCCUUGUUUCUCAGGUUCGCUCUUAUAAACAAGAUGUUCAACACGAGCUUUGCAAAGCAGAGCAACUUGUCAAAUUAUGUGGCUGUGUUCCUCUGGCACUGUGCAUUGUUGGAUCUCUGCUCUCAGAUUUCGCGGAAGAAACACUCAUCAAAAACCUCGAGAGAGAACCACUGGCUGUCCUCGAGGACGAUCAUGGAUCUGUAGAAAAGGCAAUAAAAACGUCUUUCGAUCUUCUGACAGAAGCUGAACGAGAAGCCUUUGUUCUUAUGUCCACUUUUCAAGUUUCGUUCAGCUCAGUCGCUGCUGAGGCUGUUAUGAAAGCAUUCUCUAUCCCUGGAAUUUGGCUGAUCAAGAUUAUUCGUUCCUUGAAGAGAAAAUCGCUCAUAGAGCAGCCAAGUUCCCGAAGAUAUCAGAUGCAUCCACUCAUUCACUCGUAUGCAAGGAAGACUGGUCUAGAAAAUGAUCCCGACCUUUUAGUUAGAGGGGAAAAAUUGGCCUGUGUCCACUUCAUUUCUUGUCUAGCGAACAAUGCCAACAUGUACUGGAGAAAGGACAGCUGCAAAGAGUCUCUUGAUUUAUUUAAAGAGGACAGGGACAAUUUCGAGUACUUUUUACACAUCUACACUCAGAGAAGGAAGGACCAGGAUGAAAAAAUCGCGGAAUGCUCUAAGACCUUUUUGGAAAGUUUUCCACAGAAGUGCAUGUAUUUGCAGAAGUGUCUCCCUCCAAAGAUCUACGCUCAUAUCCUUGAACAGUUACUGGACACGUUUGACUCAGUUCUUGAACCGGUAAACUUUGUGGAACUUUCGUGUACCCUUGGACAUGAAUGUAGGAAAAAAGAUCAGAUGAAGUACAAUGAACUUAUGCGGAAAGUGAAGAGAAUUUACUCUUUAAACUCUGAUGAGUUUGACCGAAAUCCGUUGGCAAAGGUCUACUUUCAUAACAGUUAUGCACGCUUCCUUUCCGAUAAAAAAGAUCCCAGUGAAAAGCAAAGAAUUGAGAGAGAGAAUCAAAUUGCUUUAGAUGUAUGCUAUGCAAGUUUGGGUGAUCGUCAUCCAGAGACAGCAGCUACUCUUCUCCUUACAGGAAUAAUUGCACAACGCCUUCGGAAUCGUGAUGUAGCUAAAGAAAGGUUAACAAAGGCGUUAGAACUAUUUCAAGACGUCCUUGGUAAACAUUUUAUGACUGCUGAAACCCUGAAAGCUAUUGCAGACCUGUUGCUCGCUCCCGAUAAAUCUGUAACCGACUUGAAACCUUGCCUUAAGUAUUAUGAAGCAGCUUUGGAAAUUUUUGAUCAUCUAGGAGUGGGUGGAAGCAAGGAAAGUAUCUUGCCAUUAAAGAACUUUGCGAGUUGUCAUACGACAAGUGGCAACUUUGACGAGGCAAUAAAGUUAUUUAGGAAGGCAGAACAGGUUGCAGAGCGAGAACUAGAGAAAAAUCACACUUGGAAAGUCUCGAUAAAGACUUCACUGGGCUUAUUGCAUGAGAAAAUGGGUAAAGUGGAGUUGGCGAAAAAGGCGAUGCUUGAAGGAUUGUUAAUGCACAAAGGACUAGGACUUGCAAUGGACAAGAUAGGAAACAAAUUCAUGAUUCGGAAAUUUAUGAAUCGAUAUCCAAAGAUCUUCCCCGAGGCUGAGUUUCCAAGUAAGUACAAGGUUCAUUUUCCAAUUACAUAUUACAUCGUCAUAAAGCUGCUUGACUGUGGAAGAGGUCUGAACGAAAUUUUCGAAUACUUAUCCAGUGGCUACUGUGAAUGAGGAAGUUGUUGACUCCACGAUCAAUAAAAAGUACAAAGAUUUUUUUAAAGUACACAUUUCCAGAAACAUAUUUUUGUGGUUCAAAACUCGUAACUAUCGUCAGUACAAUAAUUCAUUGUGAACUGAAACACCAUUGUUUCCGCCCCCUAUCUCAUCCAAUCGAAUAUCAGUUGAUAUUCUCGUCUGAUCCUAAAAACGCUGUACAUUUAAGUGUGAUUGCGUCUGGACACUUCGUUAUGAAUGUUGCAAAGCGAUGUACAUGAUCUUUGUGUUUGAUAUUCUAAUCGGGUGUAUUUAUAUUACCCUUGUAAGUAAAUCUGAUUACUUUUCAUGGCUAGAGGAAACUUGAAUCUAUGAAUGCUUUAAGUCAUAAACAAACGAAUCCAAAUAUCUACUUUUGUUUGUAAAUUUCAGGAAGCGAACUGGCCAUUAAGGCAAACAUUCAAGCAAAAAGUCCAAGGCUGGAUCUCCAUAAGAAGGGGACAAAGAAACGUUAGUGGUGACCAGAAAGAACUUUAUGAACAAUAUGGUAUUCGACUUUUUGCAAACUGACGACCGAAACAAAGGAAGAAGAGGGAAGGGAAAUAAGUAAUGUUAUUAACAACUCGCAAAUACACGACAGUCGUAGGUCGUGCUUUUUUAGAACAAUUAAUUUCAGUAUUACAGAUCGAACGAGCUGAAAAAAAAAAUCAUUAGCUGACCCACAAAAAUAGCAAAUUUUUAAAACUUCAGUGUUUUGCAAUUUAUGACAACACAAUUUUGUAAGGAAAAUUUUACUAGAGGACUUGUAUGCGUAUGAAACGUUUUAGUUCAUUAAAUAAUGCUCUGUGAAUAUCUUCGUUGCAAAUCACCAGAAUUAGAUUACAAACACAUGAAAGUCAAAAAUCGUUACGCGGCUUCAAAAUGUUUUAAGUGUUUGGCAAAAGAUGGCAAAACGAACAGAAACUUGCUCGAGCUUUUUUAGCACAGUCGUACCUGUUGAAAACUAAAACCCAUUUUUCGAUAACACUAAUGAGCCUAAAAAAAAACUAUCCCUGUCUACCUCAGACAAAUUGCAUCAUGAUUACAUUAGCUGCCUAAAGUGCUGAGGAUUUGAAUCUGACUACAUAUGCCUCGAUUUAUCGCGCCGUUUUGUGAUUCCUUGGAUAACACUUGAAUAAAGAGGUGCAGUUCACGUCACGUCACGUCACGUCACGUCACGUCACGUCACGUCACGUCACGUCAAGUCACGCAUAGCCUCCACUUUGGCGAUAGUUUGGACAUCUUGAUAGAAGCUCCCUAAUCUUAAACAUUUCUUGGAAAUUGCUGUCUUCUGAGAAUUAUGUUACAAAGCAUCUCCCAUUCAAACUGUCAUUUCAGCCUCAUAUUUUCUUGAGCAAAAUGGUACCAUGCAAAAGGUCGUGUUCAUUGAGAUUCCAAAACAUUGAAUUCAAAAUCGAGCCCUCGAAAAAUCAGUGACCCUUGCAGCACUGUUCGCCACAGGCUAUUAAAAACUAAGGUUAUAUUGCAAGUGUACAGAAAGGAGCCAAUAUAUAUAUAUUUUUCUUUUGCGCCCGAACGCGAUAAAUGUUUGUUCACUUGGAAGGUGAUAUUUCAGGCAACGAUCCUCGGUCUAAAUUGCAAUAAAGCCUCUAUGUCGUUUUAUGAACGGUUACUACUAAAAUAUGGUUUCGUGCUCGGGCGAGUUCAGGACGACUUAUUGCCACAGUGUCUGUUUUAUUUGGUGAGUGAGCGAGUGACUGACUGACUGACUCUUUUGCAUAUUGGAGUCCCCAUAAAAAAUCGUUUGCACGAGUUUUAAGUAAUUAUAAUGUUAAACUAAAGUUGAAGUUACACAAACCGUGACAUUAAGCUUCCCAGAAACAAACAUCUCGAAUAUCCAGCCUUGCAUGACACUUAAAUCAUGCUAUGACAGUCUCCUGCAUGACAUGCAAAUUGACUUAUUAUACACCCAUAAGUCCAAAGAUCUUUCUCGGAAACUAAAUCAUCUCCUUUUUCUUAGAACUUUUUGCCUUCUUGUAAAGUGGUUUUGAGUUCAUUAGGCUGAUUAGUAUGUUUAAGGAUGGCGACUCCGUUCGCUUGUUUUAAGAUGCGAUCAUGAAUCCGACAAACACACGCACGCAUCGGUGAGGUAAGCUUAUUCUUUCAUUUUCCAAACGAAAUUUCCAUAAAUACUUGUCUUGCCACCAAGACCAUUCCUCGAUUUAAAACACGAAAGAUAAUGGCUGGCACAGCCUCUUCUGCUGUUUCUCCUGUUUCUUCUGGAUCUUCUGUGCUAAAUGUAUCAGAGGAGAAAACGAAUGGCACGAAGCUAAUACGGCUGCUGGUUGACGGAGGAACACACGUUCUUCGCAAUUUAUUGCAUUCUGUCUACACAACGGAUAAAUUACAAGUCGUAUUAAACAACAACAAGGCAAAGCUUCAAUUGCUAAAGUCAAGAGGUGUAAUAUUUAAAAUCCAGUGGGAAAUGUUAUUUCCUGCGUUAGGUGAUCCACCGGACUCGAAAACGUUCGACAUUUCACUUUUACAUCUCUUGCUUCGUGAAAUUUGCCAUCUUACGGCGCCUUCAACCGGCUGGCACACCAUGCCUGCAGAAGAUGAUAAUAGUCUCGGAGCAAACAUUACCCGCAUCAAAUGUUUCCGAAAUGAGCUGUGUCACAGCGUCUCUACCGAAAUUCCAAACGCUAAAUUCGAGGACAAGUGGAACGAGAUAGCAUUGUCUUUAGAGGCAAUUAAGAUUUGUGUUCUACAAAAGGGACACGUAGAGGAAAUGGAAGCGCUGAAAAAAGAUCCCAUUGAUCGCGAUACAAAGCGACGUUUGGAGGAACUAGCUAAAGAAUGGAACAAAAUACAGGAACAAGAAAGGAUUCACUCGUCAAGUUUUAGCCCUCGCAGCUGUUUACCGGACAGAAUACCAGAAAAACGUGUAUUUGGCCGUAACCAAGAAAUAGAGCGUGUCAAGAAAAUGGCUGAGGGUGGAGACAUCCCUGUUGUCCUUGUUACUGGUGGACCUGGAUUUGGAAAGACGACUGUGGCUAAACGAGUGGCUCAUGAAUUAGAAAUUUCAGGGAAGGAAUGAACUGUAAUAUAUUGUAGUUUACAAACGAAAUCAACUUUAAAUGAGGUGGCCAUAAGAAUGAUCAACAUAUGUGGUUCAGUCAGCACACAAGUACCAGAGAAUCCGGGGCAGUGGCUAAGAGACUGGAGCAAACAGAUUCAAAGCCAGGUCACGUUCGUUCUUGACAACGCAGAUGGCGUUCUUGACUCGUGCGAUAGAGAGUCAUUCCUGAGCCUUUUAUGUGACUUACGAAGUCUAUCGAGGCAAAAGGUAACAUUUGUUAUUACUACAAGGAAAACAUUUGAACAUUCCGACUUGCAGCCAAAAGAAGUCAGGUUGCAUCCUUUGUCCACGGAACAGGCAAGAGAUCUCCUUGUUUCCAGAGUGCAAGUCUAUGAAGGUACUCCACAGAAACUUUCCAGGGUAGAUUACAUUGUUAGUGAUCUAUGUGGCUGUGUUCCUUUGGCACUUUGCAUUGUUGGUUCCCUUCUUUCAGGUUAUUCCGAAGAAACACUCAUAGAAAACCUUGAAAAGGAACCAUUAGCUGUCCUAGAAGACGACCAGAGUUCUAUAGAAAAGGCCAUUAAGACUUCGUUUAACCUUCUGAAGAAACCCGAACAAGAG